AUGUCCCUACUCGAAGGAUUGUCACAUAUAGUUUUAACAGCCAAAACCUUUGAAGAAUAUGAUCAGUGUAUCAAAUUUUAUGGUUCAUUUGGUUUUCAAACGGUUUCUCAGAAUACAAACACAACGCCUACAGAAGGAUUAGUGAAUUAUCUCCACUUGUUUGGAAAGCCACCUAUUCAGAAUAUUACUUUGAAAAUUGUAUUAUCGCCUGACGCGACAAAAAAGUCACCUUUUCUAGAGGAAAAGGAUUGGAGACUUGAACACGCGUUAAUGAAUUCAGUUUCCUCGAAUAUUGCUGGAGUGGAAGAAAACUUAAAAUCACUAAAUUUUUCUUUUCAAAAAUAUACAUAUCCUGGUUCUGAUUUAUCGAAUUCAUCACAAGAUGAAUUAAUUCAUACUGAAAUCUAUACACAUGAUCCAUUAAAUAAUCUUAUCGUAUUUACCAAUAAACCAGUUCCUUUUAGUAAAACUAUUUAUACUACAUCUCCAAAAGUUACAAAUUCUUCUGACUCUUUUAUUCAAAAAAGUGAUGAUCCAACUCUUCCCUCAUUAAAAUCCAAUAAGAAAAGAAUUGGUUUUUUAACAAGUGGAGGUGAUGCACCUGGUAUGAAUGCAGCAGUUAGAUCGAUCGUAAGAGUAGCAACUUCACGAGGUUGUGAAGCUUAUGCUAUUUUCGAAGGUUAUGAAGGAUUAGUCACUGGUGGAGAUAUGAUUAAGAAAUUUGGAUGGGCUGACGUUAGAGGAUAUCUUGCUAUCGGUGGCACUCUUAUUGGAACUGCUCGUUGUAGUUCUUUUCGUCAGCGUAGUGGAAGAUUAAGUGCAGCAUUAAAUUUGGUAAAGAAUGGAAUAGAUGCUUUAAUUGUAUGUGGUGGUGAUGGUACUUUAACAGGUGCUGAUAUCUUACGACAAGAAUGGCCCGGUCUUGUAAAAGAAUUGAUUGAUAAUGGGAAAUUGACAACGGAAGAAGCUGCUCCCUAUGAAACUUUGAACAUUGUAGGACUUGUUGGUUCAAUUGAUAAUGACAUGACCUCGACAGACAUUACUAUAGGUGCCGUAACAUCAUUACAUAGGAUUUGUGAAGCAGUUGAUUGCAUUUCUUCCACAGCGGCAAGUCAUUCUCGUGCUUUUGUAAUUGAAGUAAUGGGUCGGCACUGCGGUUGGUUGGCAUUGAUGGCUGCUAUCAGUAAUGAUGCCGAUUUUGUUUUUAUUCCUGAACGCCCACCAUCUGAAAAUUGGGAAUCAGAAAUGUGUAAAAUAAUUAAGAAACAUCGUUUACUUGGGAAACGUAAAACCAUUAUAAUUGUAGCCGAAGGUGCUAUCGACCGAAAACUCGAACCUAUAAAAUCUAGUUAUAUCAAAGAUAUAUUAACUGGUAUAGGGCUCGAUACUAGGGUUACAACUUUAGGGCAUAUUCAACGAGGGGGUAGACCUUGCGCAUAUGAUAGAAAUCUUGCAACCAUUCAAGGUGUUGAAGCUGUUAAUGCUAUUCUUCAAGCAACUCCAGAAACGCCAUCUCCAAUGAUUGGUCUACGUGGAAAUAAAAUUACUUGUCAACCAUUAAUGAAAGCAGUUGAAUUGACUCAUCAAGUAGAAGUAGCAAUUUCAAAGAAGGACUUUAGACGUGCUACAGAUUUACGUGACCCAGAAUUUGCUGAAGAUUAUGCUGCAUAUGUAGCUACAACUUUUGUGGAUAAUAAAGAUAUGCUAGUACCAGAACAUCAGCGCCUUCGAAUUGGUAUUUUACACAUUGGAGCACCAGCUGGUGGAAUGAAUCCAGCAACACGUACAGCAGUUCGUUUUGCACUUAAUCGUGGUCAUACACCUGUUGCUAUUUAUAAUGGGUUUAGUGGUCUUUUAGAGGAAAAUGUUAAUGAACUUUCAUGGAUUGAUGUUGAUGGGUGGUCAUCUAAAGGUGGUUCAGAAUUAGGUACAAAUAGGUCUGAACCAGAUUUUGAUAUGGGAAUGGUUGCAUAUCAAAUGCAAAAACAAAGAUUUGAUGCCUUACUUUUUAUUGGUGGAUUUGAAGCAUAUCAUUCAUUAAUCAAAUUAUAUAAAGCAAGGGAGAAGUAUCCUGCUUUUUGUAUACCGAUGAUCUGUAUUCCAGCUACCAUUUCGAAUAAUGUACCGGGUACAGAUUUUUCAUUGGGAACUGAUACAAGUUUAAAUGCUAUAGUAGAUAAUUGUGAUGCAUUAAAACAAUCUGCAUCCGCAUCUAGAAGACGUGUUUUUGUUGUUGAACUUCAUGGUGGGCAAUGUGGUUAUUUAACUGCGUUAUCUGGUCUUGCGACUGGAGCUACUAGUUCAUAUAUUCCGGAAGAAGGAAUUUCUCUUAAAACUCUCCAAAAUGAUGUUAAUCAUUUGAGACGUAGAUAUAAAGAAGAUAAAAAAGGAAAUAGUUCUGGACGUUUAAUUCUAAGGAAUGAAUGCGUUUCUGAUACUUAUACGACAGAAGUUAUAGCCAAUAUAUUUAAAACUGAAGGAAAAGGGUUAUAUGAUUCUCGUACUUGUAUUUUAGGACACAUCCAACAAGGAGGUGCCCCUUCCCCAGUAGAUCGUAUACGUGCUACUCGAUUAGCUGUUAAAUGUUUAUAUUUCAUAGAACAAUAUGCAUUUCCAUCUAUGUCUACUGAACAAACAAUGCAACCAAAAGUAUAUACAAAUACCAAGGAAUCAGCCUCAGUGAUUGGUGUUGAGGGAGAAAAACCCGUGGAUGAUUUGUUAAAGGAUACAGAUUUUAAAAAUCGAAAGAGUAAAAAAGCCUGGUGGAUUCAUUUAAAAGAUCUUGUAGAAUUAUUGUCAAAGUGGGAAGAUCCAUGA